GUGCGCGCCUCCCCCGCCCCCAGCCUCCCAGUCCCCGGGGCCCAGCACGCAGCCCUGCUGACGUCAGCGGGCGGCUAGCGGAGCCGGGUGCGCAGAACUGCCGGCGCACUCGCGCGCUGCGCUCGCCCCCUCCCCCAGCCCGGGCCCAGGCGCGCGCGCGCGCGCGCUCCUUCGCUCUCUCUCCCUUCUUUUUUCCCCUCCCUCCCGGCCUCUCUCUCUCUCUCUCUCUCCCUUGAGCUCCUGGCUGGCCUCGGCUCCCUCGCGCUCUCCCUCUCUCUCCGGUAGGCUCCACCGAGCGAUGCGAGUUCUGCGAGACAGCGACGCCUCCUCCUACUAGAGACUUGCCCCCCGGCCCGGCCCCCUGUCCAGCCCUGCCCAGCGCGCGGGGGUCGGCGAAGGAGCCGCGGACGCACCGACGGCUGAGGACCGGCGAUGCACAUGCACUAGCAGCACCCCCUAACUCACUCCCUCCACACCCCGCGCCGCCGCCGCCGCCGCCUCCACCUCCUCCUCCGCCGCCGCCUCCUCCUCCUCCUCCUCCGGCAGCCGCGGCUGAAGGACCCACCCUGCCCCCCACCCCACCCUCCGCCGGCUCCGGCUGCGGCUCCAGCCGCGACUAUUAUUUUAUUUAUUUUGGGUCGUGCACAAGCCUCAGUGCCUGCAGCCCGCGCCUCCUCGGCCCGCGGGCGCCUCCUCUUUCGGCUCCGGAGCCUCAGCCUCCGGCCGCCCUCGUCUCGACACCCCCAGACCCCCGCCGGCUGCCGCGAGUCCCCGCUCCUGGAAUCUUGUUAGCGGCUGUCUUUUUGGGGGGUUCUGGUUUCCCGACAUUUUUGCUUCCAGCCAAGGAGAGGAUAUCGUGAUUUUUCCCCCUUUGAGCCCAGGCUCUGCUCUCUGGGGGGGUGGGGGGCGCGCCGAGCCGGGGAGCCGUGCCAGCCGAGUCGUGCGGGCUGUGGCAGGGAAGGGGCCACCAUGGGAUGUACUCUGAGCGCAGAGGAGAGAGCCGCCCUCGAGCGGAGCAAGGCGAUUGAGAAAAACCUCAAAGAGGAUGGCAUCAGCGCCGCCAAAGACGUGAAAUUACUCCUGCUGGGGGCUGGAGAAUCAGGAAAAAGCACCAUUGUGAAGCAGAUGAAGAUCAUCCAUGAAGAUGGCUUCUCUGGAGAAGACGUGAAACAGUACAAGCCCGUUGUCUACAGCAACACCAUCCAGUCCCUGGCAGCCAUUGUCCGGGCCAUGGACACUUUGGGCAUCGAAUAUGGUGACAAGGAGAGAAAGGCUGACGCCAAGAUGGUGUGUGACGUGGUGAGCCGGAUGGAAGACACGGAGCCCUUCUCUGCAGAGCUGCUGUCUGCCAUGAUGCGGCUCUGGGGUGACUCAGGAAUUCAAGAGUGCUUCAACCGGUCUCGGGAGUAUCAGCUCAAUGAUUCUGCCAAAUACUACCUGGACAGCCUGGAUCGGAUUGGGGCCACCGACUAUCAGCCCACUGAACAGGACAUCCUUCGAACCAGGGUCAAAACCACCGGCAUCGUAGAAACCCACUUCACAUUCAAGAACCUCCACUUCAGGCUGUUCGACGUCGGGGGCCAGCGAUCUGAACGCAAGAAGUGGAUCCACUGCUUUGAGGACGUCACGGCCAUCAUUUUCUGCGUCGCGCUCAGCGGCUACGACCAGGUGCUCCAUGAAGAUGAAACCACGAACCGCAUGCACGAGUCUCUCAUGCUCUUCGACUCCAUCUGUAACAACAAGUUCUUCAUCGAUACCUCCAUCAUUCUCUUCCUCAAUAAGAAAGAUCUCUUUGGUGAGAAGAUCAAGAAGUCACCUUUGACCAUCUGCUUUCCUGAAUAUACAGGCCCCAAUACCUAUGAAGAUGCAGCCGCCUACAUCCAAGCACAAUUUGAAAGCAAAAACCGCUCACCCAACAAAGAAAUUUAUUGUCACAUGACUUGUGCCACAGACACGAAUAAUAUCCAGGUGGUAUUCGACGCCGUCACCGACAUCAUCAUUGCCAACAACCUCCGGGGCUGCGGCUUGUACUGACCUCUUGUCCUGUAUAGCAACCUAUUUGACUGCUUCACGGACUCUUUGCUGUUGACGUUGAUCUCCUGGUAGCAUGACCUUUUGGCCUUUGUAAGACACACAGCCUUUCUGUAUCAAGCCCCUGUCUAACCUACGACCCCAGAGUGACUGACGGCUGUGUAUUUCUGUAGAAUGCUGUAGAAUCCGGUUUUAGUUGAGUCUUUACAUUUAGAAUUCGAAAGGAAAAAAACAUUUCUCAUGUGCUUUGUAGCUUAAAAAAAAAAAAAGGAAAGGAAAACUCACCAUCUCAUCCAUGUUACUUUCUCUUUCAAAAUACACACAUACAUCUGCACCCACGGCCCCCCAUCCCACCUCACGGUGCGGCCCCCCGCGCCCCUGCUGAGGUGCUGGGCCCACCUGCUGCCGUGGGCUCCUAUGCGGUGCGUUGGUCAGCAGGAGUGUGCCUGGGCAGGGCUGUCCAGAAUGCCCCAGGCCACCGGGACACCACGGAUGCCACCAAGCACUCUCCCCAGCCCUAAGCCACUCCAGCCACACACUCACUCCAGGUUUGUACAGAAAAAGCACAGCUCUCACUGGCCAGUAGCUGCCAAACAGAAUACAAGAAUAUCCCAUCAUCAAUGGAAAUAUAGCCCUCUAGAAACCAAUUUUCCCACCGACCCCCCCUUUCUACAGAUUUCCUUUUUUUUUUGGUAGCUUUUAUUUCUGUCCUGAUGAGUACUAUGUAUUACAUAGCAGAUCAGCUCUCAAGAGUCUUUGGGAAAUGGGGUUGUGGUUCUUUUCCUUUGACACCUUAUAGGUCUCCCGCCUCCCCUCUCGUGUGUGCGCCCCCUCUCGGCCUUUUCCUUUGUUCCCCUGACCUGUGUUCUUCCCUCUCAUGUGGGGAUGUUCGUGCUGCAGAUAAAAAGAACAAAAAAAAAAAAAAAAUUUUUAAAUACCACAAGAUGGAAAAAAAAAACAAAAAUUUUAAAAACAGAUGGAAUGUAGUGUUUACAUUAAAGCCACCAUUUUCAUGAUCAGUCCCUAUGUCAUUUCUACUUUGAACAGUAUCCAAACCCCAAACCUCUUCACAGUUUCACUUUUCAGACUUAAUAUUUGCUGAAGAAGACCAGUCACAGCCAUUUCAAAUAAAGAGGAGGCAAAAAGACAAAACAUAAAAAAAAAAAAAAAAAUUAAAAACUUGGAAAAAAAAGGAAAAAAGAAAAAAAAAGCCCACGGGUCUUUCUAAGCCUUUCUAUUCCCAAUCGGUGAGGUUUCUGUGAUAUCUUACACACUGCCAGUCUACUUCUCUAAUGGAAAAUUCAUGUGUAGCUCAAUAAAGAGAAUGUUUGUCUGUA